CGCUCUUUGAGGCACAGGGGAGAUGGCGAGGGGUUUGUGGGCGGCGCUACAAGUAUUGAGGUCCUGCACCCACAAGGCACCAGCUUUGUUGCAAUCAAAUUUACCUGUCUUGAGUCGGGUAGCAGCUUUUAGGAUCCCAUCAUUUUGCCCUCACUCUUCGAUCUACACCAGCCCUUUAUCAAGUUUCAGUGAGGCGAGAAAGCAUAAUUCCUCAGUCAAAAUGCCGGAAAUAAACACCGAUAACUUGGACGAGAAGCAGGUGCAGCUUCUUGCAGAGAUGUGCAUUCUCAUCGACGAAAACGACUGUAAGAUUGGAGCGGAUACAAAGAAGAACUGUCACCUGAACGCCAACAUUGAUAAAGGUCUAUUACACAGAGCUUUCAGCGUCUUCAUUUUCAACAGUGAGGAGAAGCUUCUUUUGCAACAGAGGUCUGACGCUAAAAUCACCUUUCCAGGCUGUUACACAAACACAUGCUGCAGUCAUCCUUUGCACAUGGCCAGUGAGAUGGAGGAGAAGGAUGCCAUCGGAGUCAGGAAUGCUGCUCAGAGGAGGCUGCAAGCGGAACUAGGAAUCCCCAUUGAACAGGUGACCCCAGAGGAGAUGACCUACCUGACCAGAAUCCAUUACAAGGCCCAGUCUGAUGGCGUCUGGGGGGAGCACGAAAUUGACUACAUCCUCUUUCUACAGAAGGACGUGGAUCUGAGCCCGGACCCCAACGAGAUCCAGAGCCACUGCUAUGUCACCAAGGAAGAGCUGAAGGACAUGUUGGAGAAGGCCAAGCGCAACGAGCUGGCCAUCACCCCUUGGUUCCUCCUCAUCGCAGAGACCUUCCUCUUCAAGUGGUGGGACAACCUGCAGAACCUCAAGCAGUUCAUGGAUCACGACCAAAUCCACCGCAUGUGAAAAGGAUGAGACUGCCCAUAAUCGUUUUUCUAAUUGUCUUUGUUUCUAAUUGCCCCGCAACAACAUCAAUAGCCGUAGAAUUGAGGCAUGUUUUUUGUUGAACAGCUUUAAAGUCACAAGAAUGAUGAGGACACAUAUCUGUAUUUACGCUAUUGCGGCUAGGAUAGGAUGUCUAUUGGCUUCUGUUUCCAUUGCUUUUUAAACUGAAAUACGAUCUUCUUUUGAAAACGAUGAGCGAAGAUAAUCAAUCGUUCCUUGGAAUAUGCCGAAUGGAUAUUUUUUCUAAUCUCUAAGAGAAAGAGACUUUGUCAUGAAUUAUUGGCCUAAGUCUUAAAUUUGAGUCAUUUCAUAGACUCUAAUGUUAAGUGAGAUAUUAUUCUUUAUAACAUAAUGUUAGUCUGUUUUGAAUAAAAAAUAUUACCAAAUUGGUAGUUAAAUGAUUUGAAA